AUGGCGGGGCCCGGCCCGGGCCACCGGGGGCCCGGAUCACCGGGGGCGGCUGGGGGCGUCGAGGGGGCUGGGCCGCAUCGCAGGGCGCUGCGGGGAAGGGGAAGGGUCAGGCCCGCGGCGGGGGGAGCUCCGGACGCCCCGGACCCCCCCGCCCGGACCCCGCCCUGGUACCUGCGGGUGGCGAGAACGCCUCAGUGCCGCCCGGCCGCCGCCGCCAUCUUGGAACGGGGAAAGAGAGAGCGAGCGCGCGGGGUGGGCCGUGGUGACGGAAGGGGGCGGAGCCUCCCUGACGUGGCAGGUGUUAAAGGGGCCGUUCGGGAGCACGUCCCGUGUACCCCCCCGGCGGCGGUUCCGGCGGGCGGGGUCAGGGUGGGGAUAGGGCCCCGCUCGGGCAGGAGGGGCCGGGGUGGUGUCACCCAGGUCCCUGGGGCAGGCUGGGACCCGCGGGUCCCGGCUGGGGGUGGCAAAGGGGGACGCGGCCCCACGGGCCUUGAGGGGAGCGGGCGGAGGGCCACUCGGGGUGCUGGGGGGGACAGGGGGAGCCCGGGCGAGUGGCCGGCAGGGGAGGCGGGCCCCGGGGGGCGCUGCGGGAUCCCGGGGCGCCGGCGGGGUGACGGGCGGCGGGACCCGGGGGAGCCCGAGCCGGCGGCAGGGGGUGGGGCUCCUCGUGGACCGCCCAAAGGGGCGUGUCCACCUCAAGCUCCUCCCCCGCUCAGUUGCCGCGGCAACCGCGGACGCCACCGCACCCCCUUCCGCGUGGCGGCGGCGGCGGCCGGGCGGUGCGGGCGGGACCCGUGCGGCGCCCUCUGCCCGCUGCUCACCUACCUCGGCGUGGGCUACGCCGACUACGCCGUGCUGGCCCACGUCCUGCCGCAGCCCGCCCUGCGCGGCAGCCCCUGGUGCCCUUUCCACGCUGCCGCCUUCAACCUUAUCGUCCUGCUGCUGCUGGCCUGCCACGCCCGCGCCGUCCUCGCCGACCCCGGCGUGGUUCCCCUCCCCGACACCGCCAUCGACUUCUCCGACCUGCGCAGCGGGGCCCUGCGGAAGCCCGAGCGGAGCCAGGAGGACUGGACGGUGUGUGACCGCUGUGAGGCAUACCGACCACCUCGUGCCCACCACUGCCGCAUCUGCCACCGCUGCGUGCGCCGCAUGGACCACCACUGCCCCUGGAUCAACAACUGCGUCGGGGAGUUAAACCAGAAAUACUUCAUACAGUUCCUCUUCUACGCCGGGCUGGCUAGUCUCUACGCUGCAGGGCUGGUGCUGGCCGCCUGGCUGGGACCGGCAGGCAGGAGCCCGGCAGGGAUGGCAGCGGGAGGAAACAUUGCCAACAACCGUGUCCAGACGGCUCACUGCAUCAUCCUGCUGCUGGAGUCCCUCUUCUUCGGGGCCUUUGUCACUGUCGUGUUUUAUGAUCAGGUCAUGUCGAUCAUCACGGACAAGACGCCCCUAGAGCAACUCCGCAAUCGGGGGUUGAAGGAGACGAACCGGGAGGGGCCACGUCCCCUGAAACCCAAACUGGUGCUGCUGCGGGAGGUGUUUGGGCGAGGUUUCAUGCUUUGCUGGCUCUUCCCCUGGAGCUGCAGCACCCCCCCAGGCAAGGGUCCCAUGUACAGCCCCCUGCCCAGCCGCUAUGUCUGAGCUCCCUGCACUCGCCAUGCGAGAGAAUGCUGGAAACACACCAAUGACAGCUUCAUGCCGGGAUGCGAAGCUGUGACUGAGCUUCACUGCCUCCGUGCCCAGCCACAUGAGCCCUCUGCCCACCCGGGGGUGAAUCGGCUGCCCCCAAAGCCAGGGCAUCUACCCGGCAGCACCAAGCCAGUGCAGCAGUGAGCUCCUGGGGCUCUCCGGCAGAGUGGGUGCCUGGCCCCGCUGUCCCUGGGGUGCAGUGGGGCAGGAUUCUCCACGCCGGGAUGUCUCGGAGCAGGCUGGCAGCAUAGCUGGGCCCCAUGUACCUGCAGCUCUGGCUGCCAUCUCAAGAGACAGGUACAGACCUCUGGCCACCCUGGGGGGCUGCGCACAGCCGGGAGGAGGCACCCAAUAAAGUCUCGUUCUGGGCAAG